CAGAAAUCAUAUUGGAACUCUUGGUUAAGCUUGCUUUGUUGUGGAGGUAACUGAAGAAGUGAUCCUGGGCAGUCGUUAUGGCCUUUUUAAAUUCAAACAUUUGCUUAAUAAUUUAGUGCCUCAGCAUUUAUCCAUGAUUCCUUAUGAGCUACCAAAGAUUUGUAUUUAAAAAUGAUAGGAAGUUAUGAAGCUAGUUACCAACAGUUUGGAGAUGACUCUGAAGAUACUCCUCCCCAGGAGAGUGGAGUCUUAAUUCAUGUUGUUCCUGAGUUAGGCAAAGCAGAGAAAUGGGCUCAUAUGGUAGAUUUAGAUGCCUUUUUUACACGGGUGUACCAAUAUCAUCAACGACAUGGUUUCCAUUGCAUGGCUACACAGGAAGUUCUAGAAGUUUUUCAAUUUGUGUUUGUUGUUGUUUUCUCUAUUGGCCUUAUAAAAUGUGUUGAUUAUUCUAUCCUCUUCAGGGAAAAAACUGUGAAUGGUACAAGAGUUAAAGUGUCAAUUUCCGAUGCCAUCCUGCCAGCUGAUGAAUGUAUUGCAAAUUUAGAAGUGAUUGAAUGGACUAUACUUACAGUAGGAUUGCUUGUUUGGCUUCUGCGGGUCAUAAAAGUUACAUAUAAUUUAUACAAAUAUCAUGAUGUACGAAAUUUUUAUAACACUGCUCUGAACAUAAAAGAUUGUGAUCUUGAAAAUGUGACAUGGCAUGAGGUUCAAAAACGUCUUCUUGAGGUACAGAAGGAACAGCUGAUAUGCAUACACAAAACAGAGCUGACAGAAUUGGAUAUAUACCAUCGAAUUUUAAGGUUUAAAAAUUAUAUGGUUGCCAUGGUAAAUAAAUCUUUAAUACCACCUAAAUUUCAACUUCCGCUCAUAGGAGAAGUCAUUUACUUUAGUCAUGGUCUGAAAUAUAAUCUAGAAAUGAUUCUGUAUUGGGGACCAUCUUCACCUUUUCAAGAAAGCUUUCGUUUAAAGGAUGAUUACAAAAGGAUCGCUAAGCGAAAAGAAUUAGCUCAUCAAUUGGCACGCCAUAUAUUAUACGUUGCUAUUGCCAAUUUCCUGCUGUGCCCUCUAAUAUUACUAUGGCAGAUAUUGUAUGCAUUCUUCAAUUAUGCUGAGGUGGUGAAGCGUGAGCCAAGUACCCUAGGUGCACGGUGCUGGUCCCUUUAUGCAAAGUACUACUUUAGGCACUUUAAUGAACUAGACCAUGAACUGAAUGCUCGCCUGAAUCGAGCUUAUCGACCUGCAUCAAAAUACAUGAGCAUAUUUACUAGCCCUUUGAUGACAGUAAUAUCAAAGAAUAUUGUUUUUGUCGCUGGUGCUCUUCUUGCUGUUCUUUUAUCUCUUUCUAUUUAUGAUGAAGAUGUUUUAACCGUUGAACAUGUUCUUACCAUGAUAACAAUAUUAGGUGCUCUUGUUGCAACAUUUAGGGUUUUUAUUCCUGAUGAAAACUUAGUGUGGUGGCCUGAGCACUUGAUGAAUUCCGUGUUGGCACAUGUUCAUUACCUUCCCAGCCAUUGGCGUGGAAAUGCCCAUACACAGACUGUUCGGAAUGAAUUCACACAUCUCUUCCAAUAUAAAGCUACAUUUCUCAUGAUGGAGCUGUUAUCCCCUAUUAUGACUCCCGUUCUCCUUUUGACCCAUGUGAGGCCAAGGGCUCUUGAAUUUGUCGACUUCUUCCGCAGCUUCACGGUGGAAGUUGGAGCAGUAGGAGAUGUCUGCAGUUUUGCUCAAAUGGAUAUUCGUAAUCAUGGUAAUCCAGAUUGGAACCCAGGACCUAACAGACCGACAACUGAUCAGUAUACACAGGCUGAAGAAGGUAAAACAGAAUUAUCUUUGAUCCAUUUCACUUUUACAAAUCCUGAGUGGUCUCCUCCUGGCCCCUCUGGUGGUUUUGUUUCAAAUGUAAGAGAAGAAGCUAAAAAAGUACUUCUGCAAGAUCCGAUGUUAUUAUCAUCGUCUACAGCUACCACUACUGGGAUGAGCACAUUUGUACCACAAAUGGGCCCUGUUGAAUCAAUAUUGCAAAGCCAAAUUAUUAACCGAAGCGUCCAUACUAAUAUCAGCCGAACUGAAGGUCCAGUUUAUGAUAGGCACUAUCUUACUCAUGGUGAGGGCUUAACACCAUCGCUUGGAGCUUCUGUUUUUGGCACGGAGCUAACUCCCGCUGAUCCUAUAGAGACAACUGCUAUGGACAUGAGUAUAAAUGCUCUUUAUCUCCACCAUGCUCAUCAAAGAGGGCUUGAGCGAAGAGGUGGAGUACGCCAGGCUAGUGGUUCAACUAAUGUUGCUGGAAGUGAAAGGCUGCCAUUGCUUCGUUCACCUUCUAGAUUCUCUUGACACGGGUCUUUAUUUACUUUAUGAAAUUACCAGAAAGUAAGCGUAUCGGUCAUCAGUCGACCAUUCAACUCAGGCAUGUAUAAAUGAUGAAGAGGUAUAUUAGUUUUGCUGUUUAUUGAGUAAUUUCUUUAUUUAGUCAUUUUAAUUUAGGAAAGCUAGUUUUAAUUUUGUGUGCAUAAUGGUGUAUAUAUUUAAGUAUUUCUUGUUGUUUUUUUUCCUUCAAAGUAAUGUCUUUCGUUGUUCUAAUUCGCUCAAAUUAGUUAAUAUUUUGACUUGUGUUCAUGUAAAUAAUAAAUGUAAUGCGACUAUAAAUGAAGUUUAUAUAUUUGUAUGUCAUUAACGUAUAAUCAAGCUUUUCGUGAUGAAAGUUAAUUGUAAAUAUUCUAUAAAUACUUCCAAAUAAAGAUUUUCCUUACGAUCUCAUUUUUU